GAUCGCUGUGCAUUGAUUUGUAUCGCCAUCUACGGCUUGGCAGCUCCCCGGUCAGACCAUGCCGUAGGCACCGUAGGCAGAUUCCAGUGAUCCCUCCCUUUCUCCUCUGUGCACGCCCAUCGUCACGACAGCGACCGUGCAGGACCCAAAACGCGCAUUCUUCCUGCGCUUCUCCUUCAUCUGGUCCACAUGGCCCCUGGCAAGCCCCUGCACAUCGGUCUACCCCCACGGAUACUGCGAGUCGUUUUCGGCGGGGCGUUCCUCCUGCUCUGUUUCUAUGUGCUUGUCUUGCGUGGCUGGGAGUGGGACGACCCUUCGGCGCUUCCGAUCCCCGUUAUUGACGACAAGAGCGUGCAGCUGGGUCACCCCUCGUUCAUGGAUGCAUGGAUGUACGAGCGCGCACUGCCGCAGCACGCUAAGACGCCUGUGUCUGCCAAGUGGCGGGGGCAAAACGGGGUCGAUGGAAACGACGGACGGAGGUAUCUCUUGAUCAGAGAUGCAUCAUGGGGGUCCGGCUGGAACAACAUCUUCCAGGAGCAGCUGCUGAACGACUACCUGUCGUACAUCAGCGACCGCUCGUACGUCUUCCCAUCGUUCAUGCCAGUCGACCACCCGCCGUACCCCAACAAGCUGCCAGACGGCUCCGAGCACCAGGUGCACAUCCCGAUGAACGCGCUUGUUUCUGGGCCUACCGCUGGCGGCCCACUACGCAGGGACGAGAGCGAUCCGAUCGGGCGUCGUGCGGUCUCGGUGGAGUACUGGCACAUUGCGUGCCCACCGGAGCGGGUGCACCACAUCAAGCUUUACGACAUGCAGAAGGAGCUAGGGAUUGAUGAUGACUCCCAGGGCGAUGACAGGAUGCUGAAGUGGUCGCGGAUGUUGAAGGCGCUUGAUGCGCCCUGUGUCAGUAUCGACGACGGAGCGGUCUUCAAUUGGAUGUUCAUUGGGGGCGACAAGGUGAUGAGCAUCUGGCCGUCGUACAGUCUGUCGCCGACCAUGCGCAACUUCGCUUGGUCGCCCAUGGUCGUGCACGCACUAUACCGCCACUACCACCUCUUCUCGCGCUCGCCCGCACCGACGCUCGUGCUGCCCUCCGGCCGCCAGCCGUACCGAAUGCAGUCGUUCAAGCGAUUGUACACCGCCGAACACACGAUCCCCGGCCUCCUCGCCAUACACGUGCGACGCGGGGACUAUGAGAACCACUGCAGCUUCCUCGCUGAUGUCGGCGCAGACUACAACGCGUGGGACGGAUUCGGCACUCCCGGGCUCAAGCUGCCCCCUGUGCGAUCCGAGCUAAUUGGACCCGGACCCUACAACUACCAGGACCCAAAGCUACCUGACUACCUGAGCACCCCGGAAGGUAUGUCCCGACGAGACGCAGCUCACGCACAUUGCUGGCCGUCACAGCACGCGAUUGUCAAGCGUACCCGGCAAGUCCGGGCUGGCACCAGCACGCCUGGAAACAUGAAAAGCCUAUUCAUUGCCACGAACGGGGACAAGGCGUGGGUCGCUGAGCUGGCUGAGCUUCUCAAGGCGGAUGGGUGGUCACACGUGACGAGUUCUCACGAUAUUGAUUUGACGAAGGAGGAGAUCGCCAUCUCGCAUGCGGUGGAUAUGGCAGUGAUGACUGCUGCCCAGGAGUUUAUCGGUGUUGGGUUCUCCUCGAUGACGAGUAAUGUUGUGCAGAUAAGACUGGGUGCUGGAAGAGAGGCAAACACGUGCCACUUUUGGUGACCUAAGUAUGUAUACAAAAUUAUUACCUACACUAUAAUGGGUUCACGCGCUUUUCUUGGAUUCCGGGUAUUACCAGACCUGUCAUGAUAUCGGCCUGUUUGUUCUCCCUCGAACGUCGAGAAGAUUUAGUGGGAUGCAAAUUAGGAUCACGCUCUGUUGGGAUCACAGAGUGAAAUCUGUCCAAAGCACAUGCACCCGGUCGAUUUGAACAGUAUGAAUCGCCACCGUCUGCUCUUUCUCACACUGCACCCGAUUCGACAAGUUGCGAAGUUACAAGUCUCUUGUCUGAUGCUCUAGAAUACACGAACUAAAUAAGUUAUCCGAAAAGAAUAUACGAUGAAAACGAAGAGUAAUUCCCGGGCAGCCACUGUUCAAGAAAGCGGGUUCUUAACGCGGCGCUUGAUUUUGCCGCCCAUAAGCUCAACCGGGCGGGGGACCCCGUGGUGCCGCUCAUAUACGCCACACGCAUUGCACACCAAGUCUCCGCGCUUAUUGCGGCGCCAGACGCUCGUCUUGCGCGUGUGGCAGUGCGCGCACUCGUUGCCGUCGUCGUCCGAGAGCUCCAUCUCGCCCGCGUCGAUGACCUCCGCGGGGCGCGGGGCGUGGCGCUGCUGGAGGUACAGCCCGCACGCGUUGCAGAGCGUCGCGUGCGUUUGCGGGUCGCGCCGCCAGAGCGGGGUGCUGGUGGCACCGCAGUGCUGGCAUUGGCGGGUCGCGCCGCCGCCGCCGGAGGGUGCGGGUGGCGGGCCGCCGGGAUGGCCGGAUCCGUAGCCGGGUGCUGCGUCUGCGUAGCCGUGCGGGACUGCAGGGUUGUAUGCGGUCUGCGGGUAGCCGCAGUGGGCCUGCGCGUUUGGAUAAGCGGACGGCGGCAUCUGGUUAUAUCCAGACGAUGGGAGAGACGAAUCUGCAUGUCGGGAUGAGCACAACGCUGAUCAUGUUAAGGAGAAAUCGGAAAUCACAAGGUGGAACCGCGCCCGUGAGUGAGCUCCAGUUGGAGAUCGGUACCUGCGAAUAGCCGUUGUCCCAGCUCAUACUUGGUUGGAGCGUCGAGGAAUGGGAUGCUUAUGUUGAGAAGGCCUCAAGUCGAGGAGGUCUGCGAUGCCAAUCCACCUCGCGCUCCAUCGCUCAUAUACUACGCAGCGGAACGUAACGGAAGCGGAGAUGACUGGGAAUAUCUAUCCCGGGCUGGCACUCAACGAGAUAUCCUGUGAGGGAUAGCGAACGCGAGACAGCC